GCUACCCCGACAUCUUCAUGCGGGAGGAGGUGGCCCUGAAAAUCAAUCUGCCCGAGUCCAGAGUGCAGGUAUGGUUUAAAAACCGCCGAGCCAAGUGCCGGCAGCAGCAGCAGCAGCAGCAGAACGGGGGCCAGAACAAGGUACGGCCAGCUAAAAAGAAAAAUUCACCAGCCCGGGAAGUGAGUUCGGAAAGCGGGACCAGUGGGCAGUUCACUCCCCCCUCCAGCACCUCGGUCCCCACCAUUUCCAGCAGCAGUGCUCCCGUAUCCAUCUGGAGCCCAGCGUCCAUCUCCCCACUCUCAGAUCCCCUGUCCACCUCUUCCUCCUGCAUGCAGAGAUCUUACCCUAUGACGUACACCCAGGCAUCAGGCUACAGUCAAGGAUACGCUGGCUCAACAUCCUAUUUUGGAGGGAUGGACUGUGGAUCUUACUUGACCCCUAUGCACCACCAGCUUCCCGGACCGGGAGCCACCCUGAGUCCCAUGGGUGCCAAUGCGGUCACCAGCCACCUCAACCAGUCUCCAGCCUCCCUCUCCACCCAGGGCUACGGAGCUUCCAGUUUGGGCUUUAACUCCACCACCGAUUGCUUGGAUUAUAAAGACCAAACCGCCUCCUGGAAGUUAAACUUCAAUGCUGACUGCUUGGAUUAUAAGGACCAGACAUCGUCGUGGAAGUUCCAGGUUUUGUGAAGAACCUUUGUGAUAGCAAGAGAAAUCACGAUGAGAACGAACAGGCUGGGCUGAACAUUCCAGUUUUAGUCAGGUUUUGGUUAAAUUAAAGAGAAAAAAAACUCCACAGACAAACAAAUGAACAAAUAAACCGACAGCAACAAGAGGGGGACAGUGUUGGUGUUAUCCUGUUCAGACUUAUCUCCUGCUCAGACGCUCUGGAAAAGGAAUAAUAAAGAGGAAAAACAGAGGAGGAAGGCCUUAAAUGGACAGAUCAUCUAGUGAGCAGAAAACAGACAGACCCAUCUGUGUUCUUUCUAGUUUUAGGCAAUUGUUGGGUUUCUUUGUUUGGAAGAGGUGGGAGACCAUCUCACCUACAGGCCAGUUUAAAAAAAAAAAAAAAAAAAAGAGAAAAAAAAGAAAAAAAAAGUCUAGGUUUUUAUUUCUUUUUUUUUUUUUGUGUAUGUGUGUGUGGGAAGAUCCUUCACCCAGAGGUUUCCAAUGUGUUAGCCAACCCUUGGUUAAAGUAUUCUCAAUGGACAACAUCUCUCUUUUUCUCCCUCUUUUUCUCCCUCCCUCUUUCUUUCGUUCUCGAGCUCAUCCAACCGUUUCACACCCAACUUGCUCAAGUUGGCACCCGGAGAACUUGGUUCAGGGCUGUGUGGGUUGUGUGACUGAUUGUCCUAGCUGCACUACUUUAUUUAAAGAUUAAAAAAAAGAAGAUAAUGUUCAUAAGGAGUCAAUAUGUAGUUUUUAAGAGACAAUCAGUGUGUGUCUUAUAUAAAUGGUACAUCUGUGGUUUUUAAUCUGUGCUAGACUUCAAAACUGUGAUCUCCUGUAUUGUAUGCAACUAUGAACUCUGCACCAGCGGGAGUUCUGCUGUGAUUUAAAUAGGUUAUAAUUAUAAGUGAAAUUCAGAGCAACUGAGUUACCUAUUAUCAUCUUUUAAAAAAUAAUUGAAAAAUAUAUAUUAAAAAAA